CAGCACGAUAAGUCUUGUUCAUGCUGUGGCUUGUUUUUUUUCUCUUUCUCUUUCUCUCUCUCUCUUUUCUUUGAUGAUCGAUCCGCAACGUUUUUUUGAGCAGUUUGAUCCAAGUCUUUACUUUGUUGAUCCAAAGCCAUCAUCACUUGAAGGUUGCUUUAUUAUUGCUGAACAAAUUGUUCCUUCAGGAAGACAAGCGUUUUCUAAAACUAUUAAGCGUUGGACAUUAGAGCCUCAAUUUGCUAUUCCACCUAUUGAUAAAGCCGAAAUUAAAUCAACGCUAGAAAACAACAAUGUGGAGAUAGUCGUACGAGCAUUGAUUCCAAAGCGAAAGACAAAGGAUGCUGUUUUGAAUGAAAAGGUUGAAUGGAUGGAAACAGAUCAAGAAUCGCGUGUCAUGUAUACGCCUAUGGUAGAGACCAAGCAGGACAUACCCUAUUAUUAUCCCAAGGUCAAAUCUUAUAGUUUUGUAUAUACAUUUGCACAAGAAGAAGAACAAGUCGAUCAAGAUACAGGUCUAUUAAGACUGGAGAUUAUGCCUUUUGAUUCAAAAGAAGCAGCAGUAACAGACCCAAAAAUGCAAUACGCAUUAAAAACAAUUCUGCAUAAGCUUUUUAAAUGGUGCAUACAAGCAAGACUAGGAUACAAGAAAAAGGCACAUCAUGAUGUACUUGUGCCUAAAGAAACAUAUCAAUCCAUGUAUCAAUAUCUUAAAACAAAAUAUGGGCCUCAUCUUGUAAGUCAUUGGACUGAAAAAACAGACCCUAAAAAGUUUGUAUACGAAGAUAUUGCUAUUGCCAGUUACUUGAUUUGUCUUUGGAAAGAAGAAGAAGCUAAAACUAAAAGAGCACAGACAUUUAUUGAUCUUGGUUGUGGUAAUGGUUUAUUGACCUUUUUGUUAGUCAGUGAAGGGUAUGAAGGUUAUGGUCUUGAUAUUGCUGAUCGUAAAAUAUGGACUUCACUUUGUAAGACAAAAGACAUGUUACGAGUGAAAACACUAUAUCCGGCCAAAGCAAGUUUUCCAGGCACAGACUGGCUGAUUGGCAAUCAUGCAGACGAAUUAGUGCCAUGGAUUCCAAUCAUUGCCCAAAAAUCAGGAGAAAACUGCAAAUUCAUGAUCAUUCCAUGUUGUUUUUAUGGUUUAGAUGGUACUCGUUCACUAUCCCUCUCACCCACCGAAGGCAAAUAUAGAGCCUACACAGAUUAUAUUAAGGACAUUGCUUCUCAAGCAGGUUUUGCAUGUGAAGAAGACUAUUUACGUAUCCCAAGUACAAAAAAUAUUGCUAUUCUAGGCCGAACAAGAAAACAAGACGUUCAAGGAAACCAAUUGACUCAAUCGAUUGCAGUUGCAAGUGAAGCAUUUGUUCCUCGUAAAACAGACCGAGAAAAAGAAAAAACAAGACAGGAGGCAUGCAAAAAGUUAAAAACUGGAUAAUAAACAAUGGGUUGCUCCCCUUUUCUCUUCUACUUUU